AUGAUUAUGAAACAAGCAAAAAUAUCACAAGCCAUUGCGGCAGCUCAGGAGAUAAUUGAUGACAAAAUUAAAAAUAAAAUUGACCAAAACAACAUCACAAAAGAUCUGGAAGGUAUAAAGGAGGCUUGCGAGACUUUUGUAGAGAAGCUUGAUAAAGAACUGACGAAUGGCAGAAUUAAACAGCUCGUGGAUAACAUAACACCGGGUAUUCAGGGUAAAACUACAUCCACCAACUCUGAUCUCAACACUGCCGUGAAAUCCGCCCUCGUUGCGCUCUGCGCUUCUGUAAGGCAAGUUGGCAACGAACUCAACUUUUUAGGCAUAAGCGUGUUUGGCACAAUAUUGGACGAUGUACACCAAAAAACAAAUACACUUCACGGUCAGCUUACCGAGGCGACUAGUUCACCCGUCCCCCCUUCGCCCGUCCAACCCGAAAGCCCCGCCCAAGCCGUGGACAGCAAGUUGGACGCAGUGAGGGAUGAGGUUGGGAGGCUUGAAGACAAAUUUAAAACACAAGUCACCAGUGAGCUUAAGACUCAAGUCUCCCAACUUCCCUCCGCCGUUAACAAUUUCAACACUGAAGCUCAAGCACAGAUCAAGGAUGCAGCCAGGACGGCGAUUCAGAAGGCGGCUGAGCAGAUUAGUGAGCAAGGUAAAGACCCUGAUGUGGCGUCAAAAAUGCCGGAAUUUGCCCUUGAGCACAACAAAAUAAAAACGCAACUCCCAAAGGACCUCCAAGCUUUGGUUGAUACGCGCAUUGGGCAGGAUGAUCCGACAAGUGGCGGCGUUAACAUUAAAGGCACUGGACAAUUUAAGGAUUACGAUAAGCACGUUAAACAAGAUAAAAUUAAUGCCCUUCAAAACGGUAGGCCUCUACAAGGCACUGCAGAGGAAGGCAAACUUCCGAAGGCUAUUAAGGAUAUUGAAAAUGUGGGUCUGAAUGAUCUUGAACAAGUUAUCGGUGACAAAGCCAAGGACAAGAAGAUAGAUGAACAAACCUUCACCGGUCCGUUCGGCAAAAUUGAGGAACAGCUUGAGGAGAUCAAGAAAUUGGUUGAGAAUAAGCUGCCGCAGCCGACAGGAGUUAAGCCGGAUGGCGUCAAGGACUACUUGGCUGAGCUUAAAAGUGCGCUUGAUCAGGGCAAGUUAAAUGGAGCUGAUAAAGGCCUUGACGCAAUUAAAACGGCGAUUACCAUUCUGCAAACAGACCAGUUCACUAAGCAACCCGAAGCAAUUGGCCAAGCCGUCCAAGCAAUUAGGAAGGAGCUUGAAGAGCUUAGAGGGAAGUUGAAGAAAGAGCAAGGCGGUAAUAAAAGUGGCGUCAUCUACGAGUUAGAAGAUUUGAAAGAGAAGGGUCUUACCGAGAAUGGGAAUCAACCUUGGAAAAACGGUGUCAGUGGCCUUGGGAGAAUCCAUGGGGAUCUCAGCGCUGAAAUAGAAACGCUAAAGCAGCAACCUGGUGUAAUUGAAAAGGCCAUACAUGAUAUUAAGUGGGAACUCAUUAAGAUAGGAUCAAAUUUAAAUCAUCCCCUCAUUCCUGAUGACAUACUGGAACAGUUGCAGCGCUUGAAAAAAAUUAUCGGCAAAGAUGACCCUAAAGAUGGAAGCGUUCAGUUCAUUUACAGUGUUAUUAAAAGCCUGCAACAAAAUCCGUUUAAAAGACAACCCAAUCAAAUUGGUAUAGCUAAUAACGCUAUCAAAAGAGAACUCACUGCCCUCCGAAAUGAGUUGCAAGGUACUGCGGGCAGCGAGAAUCGCAUAAUUAUGGGCUUGGAAAUCUUUGUAAGGUACAAGGUUGGCACUAGAUAA